GUGCUGAUUGUGGGGCGUUGGGUAACGGCGGUAUGCGCGUGGUGUUAGCAGCGCUAGCGGCGCUUGCGGCGCGAGCGCUGGGUAGCCCGCAUGAACACCGCGCGCGGCAUCAUGCGCCAGACCAUCCUCUACAUUUUCCGGCGCCAGCUCCUCCUCAACCAUAUAGAGGACAUGGCGAGGCCGUGCGCUAUAAUCCUGAAUUAGAUACGAUCUUACCCCGUAUUGAUGAACAUGAAACCUCUUCAAAACGCGCCAAACUAGAAGAUGCUGAAAUUUUAUCUAAAAGAGAAGAAAAAUAUUUUUCCAAUCAUGAACGAGGCGAAGAAGUUUUUAUGGCAGAUGAACCACAAAUGGGACCUGACGAUGAUGAUCCGUUAGUAGUUCGCACUCGUAAGGGCAGAGUUAGAGGUAUAACUCUUACAGCUGCGACAGGAAAGAAAGUUGACGCUUGGUUUGGAAUUCCUUACGCACAAAAACCCCUAGGUGACUUGAGAUUUAGACACCCCAGACCUGUUGAAAGCUGGGGCGAAGAAAUUUUAAAUGCAACAACACUGCCACAUUCAUGCGUUCAAAUAGUAGAUACCGUGUUCGGGGAUUUUCCAGGUGCUAUGAUGUGGAACCCUAACACAGACAUGCAGGAGGACUGUCUAUACAUCAAUAUAGUCACACCUAGACCCAGGCCAAAAAAUGCAGCUGUUAUGCUUUGGGUAUUUGGGGGAGGAUUUUAUUCUGGCACUGCCACUUUGGAUGUAUAUGAUCCUAAAAUCCUCGUGUCCGAGGAAAAAGUUGUCUACGUUUCAAUGCAAUAUCGGGUCGCUUCGCUCGGUUUCCUUUUCUUUGACACGCCCGAUGUUCCAGGAAACUCGGGACUUUUUGAUCAAUUAAUGGCUUUGCAAUGGGUUAAAGACAAUAUAGCAUAUUUCGGUGGAAAUCCUCACAAUGUAACGUUAUUCGGAGAGUCAGCUGGAGCAGUAUCUGUUUCUCUUCAUUUACUAUCACCUCUUUCGAGAAACUUGUUUUCCCAGGCAAUUAUGCAAUCGGGAGCUGCAACAGCACCAUGGGCUAUAAUAUCAAGAGAAGAAAGUAUUUUACGAGGCAUUCGGUUAGCAGAGGCUGUACACUGUCCUCAUUCAAGAAUAGACAUGGGGCCCAUGAUUGAAUGUCUGCGAAAAAAAAGUGCUGAUGAAUUAGUGAAUAAUGAAUGGGGAACAUUAGGUAUUUGUGAAUUUCCUUUCGUUCCCAUUAUCGACGGUUCCUUUUUAGAUGAAAUGCCAAUCCGUUCCUUAGCGCACCAAAACUUCAAAAAAACCAAUCUUCUCUUAGGGUCAAAUACUGAAGAAGGAUAUUAUUUUAUAUUGUAUUAUUUGACUGAAUUAUUUCCCAAAGAAGAAAACGUAGGCAUUACCAGAGAGCAAUAUUUACAAGCCGUAAGGGAGUUAAAUCCAUAUGUCACUGAUGUAGCUCGUCAAGCAAUAGUGUUUGAGUACACUGAUUGGUUAAACCCUGAUGAUCCGAUCAAAAAUCGUAAUGCAUUGGAUAAAAUGGUGGGUGACUACCAUUUUACUUGUGGUGUAAAUGAGUUAGCACAUCGUUACGCGGAGACUGGCAAUAACGUGUAUACAUAUUAUUAUAAACACCGUAGUAAGAAUAACCCAUGGCCCUCAUGGACGGGUGUCAUGCAUGCUGAUGAAAUCAAUUAUGUAUUUGGCGAGCCUCUGAAUCCCGGAAAAAAUUAUUCACCGGAAGAAGUAGAAUUCAGCAAACGAAUGAUGAGAUACUGGGCAAACUUUGCGAAAACUGGAAAUCCAUCCUUAAGUCCGAAUGGAGAAAUGACUAAAGUGCACUGGCCGGUGCACACCGCGUUCGGCAGGGAAUAUCUGUCUCUGGCAGUCAACUCCAGCGCUGUGGGCCACGGACUGCGAGUUAAACAAUGUGCUUUUUGGCAAAAAUAUCUCCCCCAAUUAAUAUCAGCAACAAAAAAAACGGAACCACCCCGGAAUUGCACUGGCAGUAGUUCCUUACUGCGCCCGUCGCUGCACACGCUAGGACUGGGCGUCGCGGCGGCGGCGGCGCCCUUCACACACCACUUGUUGUUGACACAUUUAGUGUCCAUGUUCAUAAACAUUGAUUAGAACGUUUCACGCAUAUAUCGGAUGGUUAAUUUGCUCUGGCCUGCUAUGUCUUUUCCGAUGAAAAGUAUUUGAAAAUGCCAUUUAAAAGUAAUGCUGAGCAGAUCAGCUAGAUUACGAGACGAUUGCGUCUACACUUGAUACAACAGUCGUUGAUAAAAUUCUGAUUUAUUAGCACUACUUAUAGUGGUCAACAAGCAUAAAAUGUUCAUCACACUUGCUCGUAACGGUCAGUACUUUUGGUAUUUGACGCAGGUUUAGCGGGCGAAAUAGCAACAAAAUCCAUACGAAAGAAAAUCAUAUUUUUCUCAAACAUGCAAUGAAAUAUUGAUAUUACGAGGGGUGAUCCAAAAGUUAUAAUAAUCAGUAUGAAAGAUACAUCACAUGUUUAAACCAACACAAAAAAAUAAUAUGUUAAAAACAUAUCUUAUUUUACAAUUUAAGCUCUUAGUAAGCUUACUCACAUAGGUAGACCAUCGUUUACCCACUGUUCAUUAAAAAAAACUUUUUUUAUGACCUUUAAAAACUGCCUUCACUGCGGCCAUUACGAGUACUUCCUUCACUGCGGCCAUUACGAGUACUUCGCUAUCAUCCAAGAUUGCUUCUAAGAUGUUUCUUCAGCCGUAGGAAGGCAUAAAAAUACUGGGGGCUAUAUCUGCCGAAUAUGGGGUUUUUCCUGGCAAUAUGAACCCUAAAGCGCUGGUAAAGCGCUGGUGGCCUAGCGGUAAGAGCGUGCGACUUGCAAUCCGGAGGUCGCGGGUUCAAACCCCGGCUCGUACCAAUGGGUUUUUCGGAACUUAUGUACGAAAUAUCAUUUGAUAUUUACCAGUCGCUUUUCGGUGAAGGAAAACAUCGUGAGGAAACCGGACUAUUCCUAACAAGGCCUGGUUUACCCUCUGGGUUGGAAGGUCAGAUGGCAGUCGCUUUCGUAAAAACUAGUGCCUACGCCAAAUCUUGGGAUUAGUUGUCAAGCGGACCCCAGGCUCCCAUGAGCCGUGGCAAAAUGCCGGGACAACGCGAGGAAGAAGAUGAACCCUGCAUGACAUAUGGCUGAUACUGAAACAUCAGCCUUGUAGGGUAGGUGGGGUCUUUUGUGCGACCGGGAACAUUCUAGGCACCCAACGAGCGGAGACAUUUUUCAUGUGUAAUUCAUGCGUUAAGAUUUUUUGAAUACUGCAUGAGGUCCUGGUGAGCUCAACAAGAUGCCUGAUAGGUAUCCUUCUGUCUGCUGACUCGAGAUCGUAAUUUUUUUGACGUUUUCGUCAGUAAGGACGAUAGAUGGACGGUUUUCGUGGUGUUCGUCUUUAGUUGACGUUCUAACCAAAUUAAACUGCUUGUACCAGCGUGAAAGCGCGUAGAAUACGGAGAAUUAGAGGCCCCCAAUAUUUCCGCUUAGUCAAUGUGCAUAUUUUCCUACACAUUUUUUUCAAACAGAAGUACUUUGUUGCGGCUCUCACUUCAGUUUUCUCGAUUUCCACGCAAGGUUCUCUCCAACUCACAAAAAAAUGAAUUUAUCUCAUUAACAGGUAAUUUUUUUAUUUCAAUUUUUUUUUACUUGCCAAGAACCGCUUUCGUUGACUAAAAGUAUUUAAUUAUUAUUACUUUUGGAUCACCCCUCGUAUGUUCCUUAUAAUAGCUGAGAAUUAUUACGUUUCGGGUGCGGCUAGACGAGAGGACUUUAAUGAAAUUUUAUACAAUACUGUAUGUAGGUCUAGGCCGGCAAGAUGCUCGUUUUUCAUUUCCAUUUCACACAUAUCUGUGACACAGCAUCAUUAAAAAAAAUCUAUAAGCAAUACCUGUAGUCCGUCAAGCCAUUUCCGUCAGUUGAACAAUACCGCAAAUUUAAAAUAAGGGUUAUCGUCCUAUAGAAAAAUUGAGUUUCAAGCUUUUUCUCCUGACAGUUGAAGAAGAAGUUGAUUGACAGACUAUAUUUGCUUUUUGGUUCGUUAUGAUAUUUUGCUACUACGCCUAUUGAAAAAACAAUAAACGAUGUUUGCUAUAAUUUGCAGUUUUAUUUUUAUAAAAAAGACAUGAACAUAAAAUCAUGAGCACAAAAAAUUAACAAAUUCCAACAAUAGAAUUGCAAAUGUAACUACACAAAUACACAUUUUGAAUAUUAGCGUUGGCAAAGUUGGACAUUUUUCAUUAAGUAUUUUUAUUUUAAUAGAUUUAUAUUUUCUAUAUAUUACUAUUUUAUUAUGCGUUGUUGAUUUUGAUAUUUGAAAAAAUUAAAGGAAUAUUAAUAGCACUCUACCGGAAUUGAGAGUGAAAGCAUAAAUUCGGGAUACUGAAUUCAUUUAUGGUAUCACAUUGACACCAUUCCUAAGUAGAAACGUAUAGAAUAUGAAGAAAGACAAAAACUUUUUGUUAAUAAUUGCUCUCCACACUUAAACCGUUGAACCAAUUUAGGUUGUUAAAAUUUGGUGUAGAGAUAGUUUGAGUCCUGGGGAAGAAUAUAGGAUAGUUUUUAUCACAUUAUCCAUUAAAAAUGAAAGGGAGGGAGAAGUUUGUAUAGGGAACCAAAAACCGCUAAACCGACGUAGAUGAAUUCUACGUCUACAUCUUUGAUUUAGUUGAAAAUGAUACCAGACUAGACUUAGAACCUAAAUUUAAACAAUUAUUAACCUCAGAGGUUGACGGCGCUGAAAAACCUGCAUCAAAAAUCUGAGUGGAUCCACUUCUUAAAUACAUCUUAGGAAGACAAACAUUAAUUCUGCCAAAGGAAAUCUUUUGUUCAGUGAACGGCGUAUUUGACCAUUUUAUGUUCUGUGCAAGCACAACUACUUACUUCACAGCCUCUUUAAUGUAAUGUAUUUUAGUAUGUUACCCAAUCAUAUGAACUAAGAAGGUAAUAAAUAAAACAUUUCCAAUCAAACUAUAAAAGAGAUUAAAAAUACUGAUGUUUAUUAUUUUAUUUCUUUUGUUCAUUAUUUAAAUGUCAUAUUUUAAUAGCUAUAUAAAUAUAUUUUAAACAAAUUUAAAUCUUGGCUGUAUGGGUACUUUCAUGUCUUUUCGUCAAACAAUAAACAUAAUGGCGAGAAAUUUGCAGUUUUACCGUAUAUAGCAGUUAUUUAGCUUAAAAAACAUUUUUUUCUUCGCAAGUGUGAUGAAUGAAUAAAAAAAUUGUGUAUAACACGGGAGGUACGAAAAUAGUAAACUCGAGUCAUAAAAUCUCUCUGUGCUACGCACAUCGCGUUUCUAUUGCCUUUCGUUAACAAUUCUGUCCAUAAUGUAAGUACUAUUAUGGCAAAUAAUUAAUUCCCUUUUCUUUUGAUCCCUAUUUUAUGAUUUUUUUUUAAUUGUACUAUUAUGCAUUUUGUGCGACUGUCCCAUAUUUAGAUACAUUGCUUUUGGCGAUUGUAUGGUGAUGAUGUUAAGUAUGUUUGCAUGCGCGAAAUUGCUUGCUCAUUUUUACAUAGUAUUAAAUAUAGCUUUUACACGUGUAACUCAUUGUCGACGUAGCAAAUUGCUCUUCGGUUUUUAGUAUUUUUUACCAAAUUCGAUAGUUUCAAAGGGUGUGUAAACAUUGGAAAAUCGCCGCAAAAAAGAAUCUUUUUUGCGCCGAGAGAGAUUAUUUUACAAAACGGUAUUCUAUUUUUUUUUAUACUACGUCGGUGGCAAGUAAGCAUACGGCCCGCCUGCUGGUAAGCAGUCUCCGUAGCCUAUGUACGCCUGCAACACCAGAGGAGUUAAAACCUGGAAUUAUAAUAACAAGUCAAACGGGCCAAUAAAAAUCAUAAAUUACUAAAAACGAAGUUUAUACAAUGAAAUAUACAAUAAAGGUCUCAUAUUGAUAUUAUAAAUAAAAACUUCAUUUUAUUAAUAUUAAAAACUGGUCCGGAAAAGUUGUAGCAGGUAAUUUGUAUAGGGACAACAAUAGAACGAUACGCUGGCGCCGCCAUCUUGCAUACAAGACACAAAUUAACCACUCACUAAAUAGGAAAAUAAUAACAAUUGCAAUUUCUUUUACACUCUUAUCCAUAUUUUAGGCCUUUGUUUUUAUAUUCAUUUGCUUUUCAAGCACCAAUAUAAAUCAAUUAUUUUAAAAUAAGGCAUUUAAAAAAUUUACUCAUAAUUUCAACCUUAUUCGUAUUCGUUGUCGCCGUUCACAACAGUCACAUGUGAUGACUACCUAUGCACGCAAUACAUUGCCGUAAGAUUUUUUUUUUUUCAAAAAAUCAUUGUAGUGGAAACUGUUGCACCCGGAAAUAGUUUUACCUUGGACAGUUGUCAAUAUUUAUAUCAAAAUGUAUUAGGUAAAGUUACGUUAGUUAGAUACUCGAUGGUAAGAAACGAUAAUUUUAACCGAAUCUGUCCAAAAAGUUGCUGCAAUUUGUAUGGGACCUGCACACCGAUUGCACGCUAACGUCGGCGCACAGUUCCCAUACAAGUUGCAGUCUGUGUGUACCGGCCCUAAGUCACGGGACAUAGAUGAUGUACCUUAGCCAGUACUUGUUACUACUAUAGUUUUUUAACUAAUAGUUUAAUAUUUUCCAUAUUUACUAUUAUCGGUUAUCUACGUCGUAAAUUACCAAGUAAAUAAUCGAUUUUUGAAAGAAUCCCUAAUAUUUAAAAAAAUUGAAGAUGUCUACUAAGAAUUUCUAAAAAUAAUUAAAUAUGCUCAUAUUAUUGCCGAGAAACGGAAAGAGAGGGGUUUUUUUGACGAGGAACUUGUAGUUAGCAGAGCGAGGCUUGCCGAGGCAUGGAACAUUUCGAGUCAGAAUAUGCCUGUUAAAUAUUGUUCAGGUAUAAGUAUAUGAUAGUGCUUUUUUCAAACAAUGUGAACAAAAAAAGAAAAAUAUAUUGCUUACAACAUACGAAUUACCUGAAAUCACAACACUAAUAUACUUACAUAAAUAUGUUUUUUUAUUUAGCGAUAAACAUGUAUUUUACGGACAAAGCGAGGGCAUUUCCGAGGAUGUUUGGGAAAAAUAUAUUUCUUUUCUUAUCAUUUGUAAUAUUUAUUUAUUCUGUUUACUUUUUAGAGAGUAAUUAUAAUAUAACCAGAUUAAUUUAUGACUAUUAUAAAUUAAUCUUAAAUAAUAUUUAUACCAAAAGUAUAAAAAGAUACCUACGUUAAAUCCUUUCUCAAGGAUUGAAUCAAAUUAGUUACUAGGUUUCUUAAUGAUUGUAUCAUUAAAUCCAAUAUGUACUACAACUAUUCAAAUUGCUAGAUUAAGCACAGACUUUUUGAUAGCUUACCUGUGUAAUGAUCUUUAAUUGACGAAUCUGAAUCGAUGAACAGACUGUUUCAUUCAAAUGGGGCAGUGGACGAAAAAGAUAUCUGCGACUAACGGUAACUGCCAAAUUUCGUCAUCUACCAAGACAGUAGCCCAGAGACGCAAUCGUAACAUUUUUCUACGAAACUAUAUGUUUUCUAUUUUAAUCUAUUGAUGUGCUUUGGUUUACUUAUUAUUGGUUUAAAUUUUGUCAAAUUAAGCUGCUUUUUAUAGUACUUGAUUUUCCGUCACCGCCCCAUUCGGAUGAAACACGCUGUACUCGUAUUUGACAUCAUUUAUAAUGGCCGACAUCGCGCACUAUGAGUAGGGGCACACUGUGUUGUGCUGACCGAACAGAACGGCCGCUAGGUUACACCGCAAAUAUUUUCUUAUGAGAUUAUUUUUAUAAUUAUUUACGAAACGUUAAAAUUUAAGCAGAUUUAGUUUUAAGCCAUGUGAAGUAUUGAAUUGCGCUGUCCAGUAUGUUUUGUUAGUUAGUAUUCGAAGUUCGAUAUUAAGUUCGGAUGGUAAAUGUAGUAGUCAAGAUUAUACUGUUAAUAGAUAAAUGUUAUGAAUUAUUAUUAAGAGGAGUGAUUUCUCCAUCAACAUAUCACUUGUUAAUAAUUAAUUAUAGAGUUACGUACGUAACUAGAUGUAAUUUUGUCUUAAUUCUAAGUCUUUACAUAUCCUCACAAUGUAGAGUCAAGUUUGUUAGCAUUAUGGGCCAGAGACAAAUACUAUUAAUAAAAUGAUCCUAAACAAUGAUCUUUGUCUUAACUAGUUUAAGCCUACUGUAAUGUAUAGACUUAUGAACAACAUUGUAAGGUUUGGGAUACAUGAAAGAAGGAAUCUUAGGUGUCGUGCGAUGGUUAGAAAGACUUAGAAAAAAUACAUUUUUAGCUUUAAUGCGCCUCUAUAAUUGCAAUACAUAUCACGCAAGGCAUAGAAAUAUGUUUAAGUUCAGUCUAGGCUUAGUGUAUAAGUUAAAGUAAGCUAGAUCAUUUCACAACUCUGUAGCGGACCAAUAUUAGAAAGUUGUACGUCUUGUAUGGUUCGAUUGAUGUAAGACACUGAAGCAAACUUGUUAAAUGCAUAAAAUAAACCUUAUUUGGUUUUCUGGUACUCAAAUAACUUAUAAUAAAGAUGGGUAUAAACGAAAGACUUAGGUAUUUAAAGUCAUUUGCUAUGAAUACGCGGAGUUUGACAGAUUCAUCGACCUAUGUAAUAUGGAUGUAUAUGGAGAUACGAAAGCGAUGUCAAAAACUCAAAUGAAUAUAGUGUAUCACUUUUGGGAUGCGAUGCGAAGCAAUACUGUAAAAUAUUCUUCUUAAGUCAAAGGUCUUCUAUUAAAGUAAUUGGACAAUUUAAUUGAUAACUACACAAACUUCUAAUUGUAACUUUGUGUUGUUAUCGCUGUUGCCUCUUAUCUUUGUAUAUUUUUUUCUGCCAGUAUUAAACGAAGCGAGGUAAUCUUAUUUUUAUUAUACACCGAAAUCAAUAUGCUUAAAAUAGCCAGUUGAAGUUGGGUGCAAUGUGUUUGUUAAACGUUUUGAAUAUUUUUAACUUAUCUUAUUGUUACAAUGUUACACGAUUCUUAGACAGACUAUACUAUAGCAGUCUCUACCUUUAAGUGGUACACAUAUAGCCAAUGUGUGUACAGCGACACGUGACGUGUAAAGUGUGUAGAAUAUUGAGUGUGUUAAGUCGUACAAAUAAGUAUCUUAACUUCGAUACGUCUAGUUUAGAGAUUGUAGUGCCCAACAGUUCAGCUUUCGAAUAUUGGUAUAAACAAUUGAUUAGAAGAAUCUUUACAAUUCGUUCAGGAUUUAAGAUAAAAUUUACUAGUGCAAUAUAGUCAAUCUUUACUGUAAAGAAUGAACUCUCGCAAAAGCUACAAUUUGAUUAAAAUUACAAUUCUUUAGUGUAAAUAAGAUAUGGGUGUUAGACUUUAAUCUAGGAACUCAUUGUUGUUUGGCUAUUGUAGAUUUUUUUGUAUUGACAUGGCCACGGUUUCUCAAAAUGAAAACGAAAUGAACAAGGAGUAUGAAUUGUAGUUAAAAUUAAAACCAUUAGUUUGCCACCAUUUUAUUUAAAAUUUUCUGUCAGUUGUCGAGAAACAGUGGUCAAAGCGUAUGUGAUUAACGUUUUCAAAAGUAAAACAAUGUUGUGGAAGACGAUACUCUAUAAUAUAGUAAACACUUAGUGUAAUUUUUCGUAGGUAUACUUCGAAUUUUGGGUUACAAUCAGUUUGUGACUAGACGACAUGUAUACAAAAUCUAUUUCUGUAUUUACAAAGAUGGUGUAAUCUAUAUUCGCUGGUGUUAGCAAUUGUAAAAUAGUAUCAGUAUUCAUGUCUAGUUCACGUUCGAUGUUCACGAACUACGCUUAUUUUAACCUGCGUAUGUAAACCUAUAGAGUGCCUCUUGUUCACUUUUAUAUAUAUUGAUAUAACACUAUUGUUAGGUAAUACUGGUAGAUGUAGUAAAUGCGUUAUAUCUUAACAUAACUGCACAAUUUUCUUUUCUUAUACAAUUAUUACAUGUGAUAUUGGAAAGGCCAACGAAUGUCGCGUAGUGCCAAAAUGGAAGAUGUUAUAGAGUUCAUAACUCAGACGUUUGACUAAGAAAUCAGAGGAGAAUGUAGCCAUUAAACAUAAUAUAUACUCGUGAGUUUAUGGAAACCACUUGUAUUCGAUCUGUACGCACGGCAAUUAUGCUCAUAAGACGCGUGGACGUUGGAAUGUGCAUUACGAGUACAACCUUCUUGUAAUGCAGUUGAAACUGACAAUCACAUUACUCACUUUUCUAUUAAAAGUUUGUUACACGUACCUUAUUAUUAAAUAUUAUGGUUACUUAAUUUUACAAUAAGCGGUGACAAUAAAAGAAGAUGUUUAAGUUGAAACUCAUUGGUUCGUAUUAUUUUGGUUCUUAUUAAAAUGGAACUGAUAAAAAAUCUCCCCUGUAUUGAAGUAAUAAAUCUGCGAUGUAUUCCAUUAUUACCAAUAUUUUUGAUAACAUUUGCUUAGCUGUAUUUCUCAGAAAAUAAAUAAAAUUUCGACGUCGGUGUAUCGCGAAUGGCCUAAUUGUAGAUGAGUUUUAAAAGCACGAUUUGUUGUAUGGCCUACAAGCAUUGCAGACUAAUUAUUUUUCAUUCAAGUUAUCUUUUCAAAUUUUAAUAGUAAACAUAUUUCUAAUAAAUUAUAAUAAAUAUUAUAGUGCUAUGAUUGCAUUAUUGAAUGUUUGCCAGAUUUAUGUUUAAUUAUAAAAUAAAUGCUUGUAUAUAAAAUAA